UGUGUGUGUGUGUGUUUGCGUUAAAUGUUUUCAAAAAUCGACAAAAACACACAUAGAUGUAUUUCUUUUUUAUUAUUCUUUUAAAUAUAACAAUAUUUAAAUAAAAAAAAAAAAACUAAACAAGCAAAAACCAAAGAUAAAAUUAUGUUUACAAAAAAUUCAAAUCAAAUUGGAUGGAAUUCUAAGAAAAUGAUACUUUUGGACUAAUGUUAGUCAAAACAUGAGUUUUGACAUGGACUAUUUUUGCAUUGUUGUGACUAAUAUUUAUAAAAAUAGGCCCAAAAGCCCAUCAAGUAUGUAGCCAUUUUCAGUAUCUCCUAAAUCUUGCCAGAGCACGACGACAUCAAUCAUAGGGUUUAGGGUUUACGUGAACUUCAACUAGUCGACGACAUCAAUUAUUCACCUCUCUCUCUGAAAAACAAGAUGGGAAAGAAGCGAAAACACAGUGAAGUGGUGGUGCCGGAGGCGAAGAAAGAUGAAACGGCGCCGGAGAGGCCUAAAAGGACUCUUUUGGGUUGGAAAGACAAGCCAGAAAACCCACAAGACUCUACAACCACUACAGGUUUUAGAAACAGAGAGAAAGUUCUCGUCACUUGCUCUCGUCGCAUAAAUUACAGAUAUCGCCAUUUAAUGUUGAAUUUGGUAUCGAUUUUGCCACACUGCAAGAAAGAUAACAAAGUUGAGUCCAAGGCUACCAAAGGAGCAACCCUGAAUGAACUUGUUGAACUAAAAAGCUGUUCAUCUUGUCUCUUCUUUGAGUGUAGGAAACACAAAGACUUAUACUUAUGGAUGUCGAAAUGCCCAAAUGGUCCAUCUGUGAAGUUUCUAGUGAAUGCAGUUCACACAAUGGAAGAAUUAAAACUUACUGGAAAUCAUCUGAAAGGAUCUCGACCUCUUCUCACAUUUUCAUCAAAUUUUGAUAAAGACCCUCAUUGGAAACUUCUGAAAGAAAUGAUCACACAGAUAUUUGGAACUCCUAAAGAGCAUAGAAAGUCAAAGCCCUACCAUGACCAUGUCUUUGUGUUCUCAAUUGUUGAUGACCACAUUUGGUUCCGUAAUUACCAGAUAUCAUGUCCUCAUACUGGAGCAGAUAAAAUUGAUCGUGGAGGGUUGGAAAAGAUGACACUUAUUGAGGUUGGUCCAAGAUUUUGUUUGAAUCCAAUAAAGAUAUUUGGGGGUAGUUUUGGAGGUCCGACUCUAUAUGAGAAUCCAUUCUAUGUUUCACCAAAUCAGAUACGAUCUUUGGAGAAGAGACAAAAGGCUGGGAAGUAUGCGAUGAAGGUUAAAGCAAAGACGAGAAGAAAAAUGCAUGAGAUGAGUAAUCCACUUGAGACUGAUGAGUUUGCAGACAUGUGGAAGGAAUGAUUGAUUAUUAUUAUUAUUAUUAUUAUUAUUAUUAUGUAUUUUUAAUUUUGAUAUGUAGGAUUUAAUGAUUUAAAGAGUCAUGUUGUUGAAUUUUGAUAUAAGAGAAAACUUGUGAAUUUUUUGGAUGCAUGUUUUUUGUACACUUAUAGUUUUUAGUGUAAUUAGAUUAUCUUUAAUAAAUUAAAAGUAUGGAACCUGUUGUUUAUUUCUUUUGACUUAAUGUGUAAUGAGUGAUUAUACCUAAAAUUUGUAUUGAAU